UCUCUCUCUCUCUCUGUUCAUAAUGGUGUCCUUUUGAAAAGCAUGAAAAAGGCGACGUCUUUAUCUUGUUGUUCUUCUCAUGGAGCUUUUUGCUUGGGGAAGAUUCUACUUUCUGUGUUGAUGUUCUGAAGAACCCAAAAUUCCUGCAUUGGAAGUAGGAAGCACUUGGGGUGAGGAUGGCAGAUCCAGGACUUGGAGGUGUUUGAUGUAGCGGCACAAGUGAUGAAUUAAUGGUGAUGAGCACGCUUGAAAUUCACUAAGCAAAAGAGUCAGCAGAAACUGUUUUGUUUCUGAACGUGCCAGACCUGGCAAAAUGGGCGGUGUUGCAUCAAGGGUUAACAAGGAAGAAAGGGUCCGGGUUUGCAAGGAGAGGAGGAAGCUAAUGAAGCAGUUGGUGAGAUUUAGAGGUGAAUUUGCAGAUGCCCAGUUGGUUUAUUUGAGAGCAUUAAGAAAUACUGGAGCAACACUAAGGCAAUUUACAGAGUCCGAGUCAUUGGAGCUUGAAACUACUUCUUAUGGCCUGGGAUUACCACCAUCACCACCGCCCCCCUUGCCUCCUUCCCCUCCACCACCACCUCCUCUCAGCCCUGACUUCAGAAAGUCCGAUAAUGAUAGGAAAGAGGAAAUUGGCCUAGCAGAAAGUAUGGAAAUUAUAGAGGAUGAUGCCAGUACCCCACCACCUCCUCUGGUCGAACACUCAUCAUCUUGGGACAUUUUUGGUUCUUCUUCACCACAUUAUCAGAAACAUGAUGAAACAGUGGAGCCAAAUGAUGAGGAGAAGUGGGCAGAUACUAAGCCAGAAUUCGAGGAAGAUGAACAGGAAGAGGAAACUGUUGCUAAUGUUGUGAGUAUGCUGCCAAAGAAACUGCAGCUCAAAGAAUCGGUCGAGGUUAAUUCAUCAACAAUGAGGUGGCCAUAUCCUAAGGGCUCGGCGGAUACAACCAUGGUACUAUGGAAACGAAAGAGGACUUUGGAGAGUAUAGUUAAAGAGUUGGAUGAACAUUUUCUGAAAUCUUCAGCUGGUUUAAAGGAAAUUGCUGUUCUCAUGGAAAUCAAAGGAGGGAAUACAUUUCUGCCACAGCGUACCAAUGAAAACAAAAGGAAGAGGUGCAAUUCUGCAAAGGUCUUUAGUGCAUUGUCAUGGAGCCGAUCUGCUAGGGCACUUCAAUAUUCAAGAGAUGCUGUUGAGUCUAGUGGUCCUAGUGAACCUUGCAGGCCAGGAGCUCAUUGCAUUACUCUGAGGAAGUUAUAUGAAGCGGAAAAGAAACUUUACGAGGAGAUUAAGGAGGAAGAGCUUACCAGACUAGAAUACGAGAGGAAAUCCAAAUUACUGCAAAAACAAGAGGCUGAAGGUGACUGCAUCAAGAGUGAGAAAACUCGAUUUAGUGUUGAGAACUUGGAGGCUGACAUCUUAGGUUUGCAGCAGUCCAUCAGCAGUACUUGUUCUUCUAUGGUGAAGCUCAUAGAUUACGAGCUGUAUCCUCAGUUGUGCACAUUAAUUUCCGGGCUUUUGCACAUAUGGAAAAUGAUGCAUGAAUGCCAUCAAGUUCAGAAUUUUGUUUCUCAGCAGUUGAAUAAUCUUACUGAUAUUCAUAAGAUUGACCUGAGCACCACUUAUCAUCGCCAGGCAGCCAUUCAACUAGAGUCUGAGGUAUCUUGUUGGAAUAACAGCUUUUCUGAAGCCAUAAAAUCACAACAAGAAUAUGUCAGAACACUUUGCAGGUGGAUCCAGCUCACUGAUAAUCUUGUGGAUGAAAACCGACAGAGUUUGUACUCUUCUGCUGUUUGUCGCUUGUGUGGCCAAUGGCAGCUUGCCCUUGAUGAAUCACCAGAUAAGGAAGCGGCAGAGGCCAUUAAGAGCCUUCUAUCAGCUGUCCACAGAAUUUGUCUGCAGCAAGAAGAGGAGCACAAUCUGCAGAAGAAAUCCGACAAACUUGAGAAAAGGCUGCAAAAAGAGUUGCAUUCAUUAGCUGACAUGGGGAGAAAGAUGGAACUCAGCUUCACUGAUGAAGAUGCGUGCUCUGACUUGGACCCUAAGCAUCCUUUCGCAAUAAAGAGGGAUAAAACUGAAGCCUUAAAGAAGCAAGUAGAAAUUGAGAAAGCCAAAUAUCUCAAUGAGGUUCAGGUCAGCAAGAACCUGAUAUUGGACAAUCUGAAAACUUACCUUCCCAAGGUGUUCCAAUCAUUGAUGGCAUUUUCUAGUGCCUAUGUGCAAGGCAUUGAGGCUAUAUCUUGUGACACUAAGCAAGCAGAGUGUUCCGAUGGUGAACUUCAAAUCUCAUAGAAUCAAUGAUCUCCCAGAAAUAUGGAGAUGAAGUGGAGGUUGUCACAGUAUGUAAAGAGGAUGCAUUCUGAGGCUUUCUUAAGAUUGGGAGAUCUAAUGGCUGUUGCAAGGAAAGAAUACAUUGCCCUUGAAACCAUUUUUUGCCCUAAGAAACUAUGAGAAGAUUGAUGCUUGUCAUUCAAACCUUUAUUCUUGUCUUCUGAUGCUUCCACUUCUUAUAUUUCAUUUUCAUUUUUUGGCCAACACUAUUUACGUAAAUUUUUACUUGACAUGUUCCUAUCUGA